AUGGUAGUACUUGGGACAGCAGUUGUCCGUGUUAAGGACAGUUGUGGUGUUUUACAUUCUGUAAGAGUUCUUUUGGACAGUGGUUCACAAAUUUCAGCCAUCACCAGUAGUUGUGUGUCGCGCAUAGGUCUCACCAAGCACAAGUGUUAUACCGAAAUUGUUGGUCUUGCACAAAAUCCUGUUGCAAAAAUAAAAGGCGUGACCAAUUGUCAAUUUAUUCCACAUCAUAGUACAAAGAAUAUUUUUCACUGUAGUGAUCUUUUUAUUUUACCUUCAAUAACCGACGUCAUGCCGACACUACAUUUACCACCAUGCAUUCGAAAAAAUUAUGAACAUUUAUUGCUUGCUGAUCCAAACUUUGACGUCCCAGCGCCGAUAGAUAUUUUACUUGGUGGUGACAUUUUUCCAAAUAUUGUUCGUCCACGCGCCGAUAUCAUUCAUUUUUCUUGCUAUCCAUCGGCGUUUGAUACCCUCCUCGGCUGGGUGGUGUGUGGUGCUAUUUCACAUUCCAAACCUUCGCCAGCUGUUUCACUAACUGCCACCUUGACUCCAUCAGUUGAUAAGUUACUACGCAGAUUUUGGUCUGUUGAAGAGCCCGCUGUGCCAGUGUCACCCACCACCGAGGAUCAGCUGUGCGAACAAAUGUUUGUGACGACCACCUACCGUGCACCGUGUGGUCGGUUUUGUGUUGCUCUUUCGUUUCGCCCUAAUGCCGCCGAGCUCGGAGAGUCUAGAGCUGUGGCCCUUAAACGUUUUUAUAAUCUAGAACGUAAACUGAUGAAGGAACCUCAACUAUCAAAGCGGAAGGUACUAUCCGUUAUCGCUCGAUUAUUUGAUCCAAUCGGUGCCUUGGGCCCAAUGAUUAUGUGGGCAAAGGGGUUCAUGCAGAAGCUUUGGCAGGACCAACUCGACUGGGACACUCCACUACCCGAGAAUCUAAGCACGGCUUGGAACCAGUUUCUGACGGAGUUACCAACCAUACAUCAAGUCUUUCUGCCUCGUUAUGUCAAUGUUCAGUCCUACUCUGAUAUCCAGCUUCUCGGAUUUGCAGACGCAUCAUUGAAGGGCUACGCCGCUACUAUUUAUCUACGUGUUGUCCACACCUCUGGAAAUGUGUCCGUUCAUUUUGUGUCUUGCAAGACAAAGGUCGCUCCAAUUAAAACUUAUCAGCUAGAUGAAUCAUUAUCCAUACCUCGUUUAGAACUAUGUGCUGCGCUGUUAUUGGCCCAAUCACUGUUUCACAUCCAAGAAGUUCUAUCAACAUCAAUCAAGAUCUCUCAAGUACGUGCGUGGACGGAUUCAACAAUUGUCCUUUCGUGGUUGACGUCUGAACAAAAAUAUUUUAAGAUAUUCGUCACACAUCGCGUUGUAAAGAUUCAUGCACUGGUUCCUAAGUGUCACUGGGGUCACGUUCGUACACAUGAAAACCCUGCCGACCCGGCGUCACGAGGACUUCUGCCCGCAACCAUGGCAUCGUCGUCACUACAUUGGAACGGACCAGAAUUUUUAACACGUGCUGAAGAAUACUGGCCGACGUCGACAUUCACUCCAAUGCCCCUAGAUGAUUUGCCUGAGACCAAAGCCGAUACCACGAUCGUUCUACAAGUCACUAAAAUUCAUCCGUUUAUUGAGCCUUUUCACCGGUUUUCAUCUUUGAUUAAAAUGCAACGAUUUUUGGCUUAUUGUCUCCGCUUUAGUUCUCGAUCUAGACACCGAUCUGUAUUAGCUGGACCGCUCACUAGAGCAGAGUUGAACAACGUCUUAAUCAUUGCCAUUAAGGAGACGCAAAGGGUAUAUUUUUCUGACUUGUGGAAGCAGCUGACUACAUCGCAGAUGAUAACUCCCGCUUCGCUAGCUCAACUUGCCCCAUUUGUUGAUAAUGACGGACUUAUUCGUGUUGGAGGUCGUCUUCGAUAUUCAGCGUUAACCGAAGAUGCAAAACAUCCAAUUCUUUUGCCACACUCUGCUCAUGUCACUAAAUUACUGAUACGUCAUUAUCAUUUGAGUUUUCUUCAUGGUGGACCUAAAUUAGUCCUAUCCAUGAUGUCACAUAAAUUCUGGAUUAUCUCUGGCCGAGAUGCCAUACGACGAUUUAUAUUUUCCUGCGUCACGUGUAGCCGUCACAAGGCAGAUCACCCUCGACCGUUUAUGGCAGAUCUCCCAUCAAGCCGUGUUCAACCACAUCGCCCUUUCCUACAUGUGGGUAUGGAUUACGGAGGGCCCUUCGUGAUAAAGGAUUCUCGCCGUCGUAACGCACGCACUUCGAAAGCAUAUCUCGCUCUAUUCAUCUGUAUGACAGUAAAGGCGGUCCAUUUGGAAAUUGUUUCUGACUUGACAACAGACGCUUUUCUCGCUGCAUUAGACCGCUUCGUGGCUCGUCGUGGAAUUCCGGCACAUUUGUACUCUGACUGUGGGACGAACUACGUUGGGGCUGCUCGGCAAAUUAAGUCCAUAUUUAGGGAUACCAUUGUACAAGAGAAAAUGAUUUCUCACCUCCCAUGCACUUGGCACUUCAAUCCACCAGCUGCGCCGCACUUCGGGGGGCUGUGGGAAGCUGCAAUCAAGAGUUCAAAAUAUCCCAUGAAGCAUGUCAUUGGUACGCAAAUUCUAACAUUUGAGGAAAUGUUAACAUUGGUCACCCGCAUCGAAGGAAUAAUAAAUUCACGCCCACUUACACCGGUUUCAUCAGAUCCAAAUGAUCUCGUUCCGUUAACGCCCGGCCAUUUUUUGAUCGGGCAACCAUUGCACGCUCUUCCAGAACUCGACGUUUCACAGGUUCCCCUCAACCGACUAAAUAGAUGGCAGUUGAUCCGUCAGUGUCACCAAUCUUUUUGGAAAAGAUGGGCGAAGGAAUAUUUGACCACCUUGCAAGGCCGCCAGAAGUGGUUCCACAAAGAAUUGAACCUAGCCGUUGGGGACAUGGUAAUUGUUGAAGCCCCGAGUCGGCCCCCUUCCGAGUGGCGUUUAGGGCGUGUGACGGAAGUACAUCCUGGCAAGGACGAAACAGUUCGGGUCGUUACCGUGCGUACUCAAGAUGGUACUUACAAAAGACCAGUUGUCAAACUGGUUAGAUUGCCGGUAGAUCCAUAAGUUCCUUGUCUUUCCACAAAAUUUUCCUCCAUAAAUGUAAUUUUAGUUUUAAGUUAAUUUAAGUUUGGACGCUCUCUCGUCAAGGAUCCAGGGAUGUUUUGGAAGCCUGCGUCUUCCAACGUGGGGAGGAUGUUCGGUGCGUAUGCCAGUUUGAACUUUACCCUAAC